GCCGGUUCAUUAUAUUUUAUUUGCAAAGAAUGAGAAAAAUGAAGGGCGGAAUAAGGAAAGUUGGGGCGGCGCUGUUGGUGGCGGUGGCGAUGGUUUGUUUAAUGGGAAGGCCGGGGAAGGCAGCUGAAGACGACCAUCUGAAAGAAGAGUGCAGCAGUGACUUUGAGAAAGUGGUGAGUUGCUUCGAGUACGCGACGGGGAAGGCGGCGGCGCCGAGUAAGGAGUGUUGUGACUCAAUUGAAGGUAUAAAAGAAAGCAAGCCCAAGUGCUUGUGUUUCUUUAUACAGCAGACUCAUAAUGGGAAUCAGCAGAUUAAGAGCAUGGGUAUUCAAGAGAUCAAGCUUCUUCAGCUUCCUUCUGUUUGUCACUUGAAAAACUCAAGCGUCAGCUAUUGCCCUAAGCUUCUGGGGUUACCAGCAAAUUCACCCGACGCUGCUAUUUUUAGCAACACUACGACAUCCGCGACGCCGGCAUCAUCAACGACGACAAGGACGAGUCCCGACGGCAGUUCUGGUACUAAGAUAGCAGCCAAUUCUCCUGGCGCUCUGAUGGCGGUGGCAAUGGCGGUAAUCUUUUUCACAGCAUUCCUUCCGCCGAUCACGCGUGAGGGAUAAAAGUAGAACUAUAUUGUUCUCUUCAAAUCUGUACUUUUUUUUUUUUUUUUUUUGCUUCAAUAUGAUUUUGGAUAAACUGGAAGUUGGACUCUUCUUUUAUACUUCCUUUGUUGUUUUGUUUUGUUCAUAUUUUAGGACAAAAUGUUUUAGGUUUCUUAAGACUCUUGCGUUUUGUUUUAUGGCCUUCCUUUGUAUUUCAUUUCUAAUUUUCUGAAGAAUGGAAAUGAGAAGCUCUUACAAAACAAUAUUAUGUUC